AUGGAUACGAUGCACGAAAGCCUCGUGAAAGCUGUGCCAGCACUUGGACAUUACCCGCAAGAGCCAAUCAGCACUGGAACAACAUUGAUUGCUAUGGAAUUCGAUGGGGGAGUUGUUGUUGGCACUGAUUCACGCACUUCGGCUGGUUCUUUCAUCUCAUCGCGUGUCACCAACAAAAUCACACCUGUCACCGAUCAUUUGGUUGUGUGCCGCUCUGGAAAUGCUGCCGACACGCAAACGAUCGCUGAUGUCGUGAAGUACCAGAUCGAAGCUUACACUAUGCUUGAAGCCGAGAAGGUGUCAAUCUACAGGGCUACCCAAAUCUUCCGUCAAUUUCUCUACAAUUAUCGCGAUCAGCUGAGUGCCUCGGUGCUUGUGGCCGGAUGGGAUGAAAAUGAGGGAGGACAGUUGUAUGCGCUUCCCAUUGGAGGUUUUGUUACUCGACAACGUUCCACCGCUUCAGGAUCUGGUUCGACUUUUGUUACCGGCUAUCUCGAUAAAAAUUGGAAGCCAAAUAUGACGAAGGAAGAAUGUGUUAAAGUCGUCAAAGAAGCUGUCGGCUUGGCAACUUUCCGUGAUGGAUCUUCUGGUGGUGUCAUCCGUAUCGGUGUGAUCGACAAAAAUGGAACUGACAUUAAGCUUUACCGACCAGAUGGAAAUGAUUUCCCGAAGUUUGUCGCUCCAACUCCACACCCAAGCUGGCCAGCACACGUCGAAGCAAAGAAUCAG